CCUAAUAGCUUCAUGUUCAAUCUACUGUAUACAGAAGGCUCAUUGAAGGAAAAGGCCCUGCGACUCAUGGUGAGCCGACUGGCGAGCCUGCUUAGGCUCUGACACACGUAGAAGGCCGCCAAUGAAUCCCUUGGCCAAUAUUUUUCCUCCUGUGAUCAAGGAGCUAGAAACAAAGCUGAGUGAGUUGAAGGCCAGCAUCGAAAAGAAGGAAGAUCUCACUCGAAAGGAGUUUGCCACAUUCUGCUGGCAGAUCGGCCGGAGAGUGAGGCAGCUCAUCAAGCCCGAAUUCUCCGAGGACCGUGGCAAUCUGUGGCAUGAUUGCAAGGGAGCUUUGAAGCUGGUGCUGGUGAUUGACAAAUUCCAACCUGGCGUCUUCAUGGAUAGCUGUGUGAGAAAGGAUGUUCUGGAAAAGGACUGUGUUGAGAUGCUGGAAAGCAUGAUCGAUUGGCUCAAGAGGCGCCAGCGUGGGCCAUUGACUGAGAAGGUGGAGGUGACCCGAAAUACGCCCCCGAAGCGCAAACGCCCAGCUGCAGAAAAGCCAGAGGCACCAAGCAGCCAUCUGCCAAGAAAGGGCACCCACCAGAAAGGCACCGGCAAGACAGCGAAAGGCGACUGGUGGGGUCUACCCAACCAGGGUGCCGGGCUGCUGGACUUGCAGGAUGACCCCCUGAGAGACGAGGAGAGCGAUCCGGAGGAGCAGUGCCCUGACAAGGCGAAGUUUGGCACGUGUUCCUAUGGUCCUCAGUGUGGCUUUUGCUUCAGAUAAGCCGGCAAGGCCUUGGCCCUGAGAAGCUCCAGAGUUUAGACAGUGGCAGAGCAAAGGUCUCUUCGACUGUGGGACAAGUGGCAGAAGAAUGCUAGCAAAA